AGAUACAAGAAGCUUCUGUGCACAGUGGAUCUUUCAAAGGACUUCUUUUUCAGCUACUCAUACAAUAUCAUGCAUAGUCUUCAAAAAAAUAUAUGUAAUAAAGAGACAGGACAGGUUGUGUAUGAGACAAUGUUUGUAUGGAAUGAGUUUUUAAGUCGAGAAAUCAGGAAUAAUCUCAAGAAUACUUUGUGGACAGUUGCAUUAGUUUAUGGCUUCUUCAAGCAGGUCAAACUUUCUAUAUCUGGCAGAGAAUUUAAUUUGACUCUUAUUGCUCGGCGUUCACGACAUUAUGCUGGAACAAGGUUUAUGCUUCUCAACUUACCAACUGAUGUCUCUGCUGGAUUAGUUUUAUGGUUGAAGCUGUGCUUACUUUGCCAUAUGCCAUGAAAUUCAUUAUAGACUUAAGUUUUCUAGUUUCCACUGUAGAUUAUCUGCUUUCCAUAGUGCACAAGUUUACUUUGAAGACAUUAAUUUGUCACUUUUCGUGUUUUCUGUUGCUUGAUUCUGCAGCUGGCAAUCUUCAAUUCAUUUUAGAGUUUUGUCCUGACUUAGUAUUAAUUCUAGUUUGUGAUGCUUCUGCCCGAUGGCAAUUACUUCUUUCUAAUCAAAUGCUCUUGCAGAUCUUAAUAAUUCUCACUUAUUUUUUCCUUUUUCCUUUGAUUUUUUUUCCUACUGAUUAGAUAUUUGAAGCGUGGUGUAAACGAUAAGGGUAGAGUAGCUAAUGAUGUUGAGACAGAACAAAUUGUGUCUGAAGAUGUUCCUGUAGGGAGUCCCAUGCAAAUAAGUUCUGUUGUCCAGAUUCGGGGUUCUAUCCCACUUUUCUGGUCCCAGAAAACUUCACGCUUGAAUUUGAAACCUGAUAUCAGAUUGUCAAAGAAUGACCCUAAUUACAAGGCUACAAGACUUCAUUUUGAGAAUCUUGUAGAGAGAUAUGGAAAUCCAAUAAUUAUAUUGAAUUUAAUAAAGACAUGUGAGAAGAAACCUCGAGAAACUAUCCUCUGUACAGAGUUUGCAAAUGCUGUCACAUUUAUCAAUAAAGGUUCUACUAAGGAAGACCAUUUGAGGUUCAUUCCCUUGGAUCUGCACAAACUCUCUAGAAACGGAGCUUCAAUUGUGUUGGAACAUCUAGCCAGAGCGGCUGCUUAUGCAUUAAAUUUAACUGGCUUCUUUUAUUAUCAAGUGAGACCCAAUUGUGGACAAGAGGAUUUGUUGAAUUUUUCUUGCUUUAAGCCAAACGACGAAUACUCUAUCCUUUCUGACAAAGUUGAUGCUGUCGAGAAGUUAAAAAAAGAUGUCAACAAAGAUAUUGGCUAUUCUUCUGAAAUUGACUAUAUAAAGCCUCUAGUGUUUCAAAAAGGGGUUCUUAGGACCAACUGCAUAGACUGUUUAGAUCGCACUAAUGUUGCUCAAUUUGCCUAUGGGUUUAUGGCGCUGGGACAUCAACUACAUGCUCUGGGAUUUACAAAGUCAUCAAAUAUUGAACUGAAUAAUCCUUUGGCUGAGGAUUUGAUGAGAAUUUAUGAGACAAUGGGUGACACACUUGCAAUACAGUAUGGUGGCUCUGCAGCGCACAACAAGAUAUUUUCUCAAAGGCGAGGUCAAUGCAAAGCAGCAACUCAGUCCCAGGAAUUCUUUAGAACUUUACAACGCUACUUCAGCAAUGCCUACAUGGAUGCUGAGAAGCAAAAUGCCAUUAACGUGUUCUUGGGUCACUUUCAGCAGGGUAAACCAGCACCCUGGGAAUUUGAUUCAGACCACCACCAUAAUGUCAGAACACAUGGUUCUAAUUCUCUUAGUGAGAAUGCUAGGUCAUAUUUUAAAAGAUCACUCUCUGAUAGCCAUAUCCCAUGCGAAAGCGACUCGCCCAUGCCCCCUUCAAAUGGUGCGCACAAUCAAACUUUCUCUGAGAAGGCUGAAGUCGAGAAGGGUCUCUCAGACUCCAUGCCAGAGAUAUCAACUUGCAAAGGUGACUUAUCUUAUGCCAGGCAACUUUUUGGAGACAUGGAAAAUGAUCUUUUCUUUGAAAGUGAUCACAUUUGUUAUGAUGACAAUGGAGAGGAAUGUAGCUGCACAAAUUUUGAUAAGGAUUGGCUUUCGUCAUCAGGAAAUUCAUGUGAAGAUGUUCAUCACAGGUCUAUUGCUAGUCUAUCCUCCGAGAGUAUUGUUGCUGAUCUGAAAAUUGAAAUGACUACAUCUCCCAGUGAAUCUGGUUCGAGCAUUAAGGUAGGGGAUCGAACUGAUGAAUUUUCCGAGAACUUUGUGCAUUGGGUUACUCAUGGAGAAAUGCUUGUCCCGUGGACAUCUAAUGCAAAUUAGUCAAUGAUAACAUUCAUUUCAAGCUGGGUAUAUAAUCGAACCCAUCCAAAGGACGCGGGUUCGUGCAAUAAAAUAAAAGAGGAAGAUACUCUCUACUGAGAAAGGAAGAAUUGCGGCCUUAGCUAUGGUAACGUAGAAGUCAAGUAACUUUCGGCUUUUGUACUGAUUGCUUUUGCUUAUGCUUGAAACCCAAAGAGGGGGAUCAAAGAUUCGAACUUGCUCAUGAUACAAGAGGAGAAACGGUAAAUGUAGCCUUCUCAUGUGGGAGCUCCGAGCUCACAAUCUAGGGAAGAUUCCAUAAACCAUAGGUAGCCUUGUAAAUAUUUAUAAAUAGAUUAGUGUUUUUGUCAUGUUGAAUUUUCUCAUACACUUUGGGAAUAAUUAUUUUUUCAGAAUUGUAAAGAUUAGGGGAGGGAAACAAAAGCAAACCUUUUCAACAUUUUAGAAUAAAUAAAUAAAAUUAGAGACCCUUU